GCUGCUGUCGCCACUCCGUUGCCGAAGCCGCGGCUGAUGGACGCCGGGGAGUGCCGCAUUGCUUAGCGUCCCCGCCUCCGGGCUUGCUGAGAUUCUCUCUCCCCGCCUGCAGCUCAGCGCUGAAGAGCCGCCUUAUUAUUAAUCAGAAUUCCCAUCGUUGUCCCCAGCAGUAGCAUCCUUCGGGUAGAGACCGCAGAAGCAUCACCACAGCGCUGGGGCUGAGAUGUGCGUGGUGUUUGUUUUUGCUACAUCUUGGGAGAGAAGCAGACAGGACCAAGAUCAGCACCACCCGCGCUGGGUGCGAUUCGGGGUGUCUUGUUAGGCGAGGGAAAGGGCAAGGGGAGCGCUGGGGCCGCCAGAGGUCCACGUCUUUUUAAAGGAAAGGGAAGAGGGAACCACAGUGGGGACGUUGUUUUUAGGGGGUGGGGGAAUAAGUUUAUACCCUUCACAGAAAGGCUGCGAGAAGGCAGGAGCAACAGGGUACUUGAUUGGGCACCAAGACAAAUCAUUUCCUGUAAAGAGGAGGAAGCAGGCAGCAUCGAGUUCUGGAGGUCAGAGAGUGGUGGUGGCAGGGCCAGGUUUGUUGUGGGACAGUCGUUAAGAGGAAGGGAAGGCUCGGGAACAAGUAGGACAAUGACUCAUUUACAAGCUGGGCUCUCUCCGGAGACCCUGGAGAAAGCGCGCUUGGAGCUCAACGAGAACCCAGACACACUGCACCAGGACAUCCAGGAGGUGAGGGACAUGGUCAUAACCAGGCCGGACAUUGGCUUCCUGCGCACGGAUGAUGCCUUCAUCUUACGCUUCUUGCGGGCCAGGAAGUUUCAUCACUUUGAGGCCUUCCGCCUCCUGGCCCAGUACUUUGAGUACCGGCAGCAGAACCUGGACAUGUUCAAAAGCUUCAAGGCCACUGACCCUGGCAUCAAGCAGGCACUGAAGGAUGGUUUCCCCGGGGGCCUGGCCAAUCUGGACCACUAUGGCAGGAAGAUCCUAGUCCUUUUUGCUGCCAACUGGGAUCAGAGCAGGUACACACUGGUGGAUAUUUUGCGUGCAAUCUUACUGUCUUUAGAAGCCAUGAUUGAAGAUCCUGAGCUUCAAGUGAAUGGGUUUGUUUUGAUCAUAGACUGGAGUAAUUUCACCUUCAAGCAAGCCUCUAAACUGACACCCAGCAUGCUGCGGUUGGCUAUUGAAGGCCUUCAGGACAGUUUCCCAGCACGAUUCGGAGGAAUCCAUUUUGUCAACCAACCAUGGUAUAUCCAUGCCCUGUACACUGUGAUCCGGCCUUUCCUAAAAGAGAAGACUCGGAAAAGGAUAUUUUUGCAUGGUAACAACCUGAACAGUCUACACCAACUAAUUCAUCCCGAGAUCCUGCCCUCUGAGUUUGGAGGAAUGCUACCCCCUUAUGACAUGGGAACAUGGGCAAGAACACUGCUGGACCACGAGUAUGAUGAUGACAGUGAAUAUAACGUGGACUCCUACAGCAUGCCAGUGAAAGAAGUAGAAAAGGAGCUCUCCCCCAAGUCCAUGAAGAGAUCCCAAUCAGUAGUGGAUCCUACAGUACUAAAGCGCAUGGAUAAAAAUGAGGAAGAAAACAUGCAACCUUUGCUCUCUCUGGACUGAUAACUUCUCUGCACUCUCCAUGGAUGAGAAAUGGAAGGUACUUGUUUUCAGCAACAGGGACUGCACUGUGGAGGGAUUGACAGCUGGAAACGCUUAUUCUUAUUAAUGUCGUAUAACAUGAUGAGGCAUCAGGCUUUCCCAUUUGCCUGAACCAUGGGUUCCCUGGUCCAGUUUAAAAAAAAAAGUCAAUAAUUUAUUCUGUAAGUGCCAAGUUCUUUGUAAAUACAAUGUAAUCUUUACGUCAAGUUUGUAAAUUUUGUUAAUAACUAAAACUGGAAAAGUUUGGCUCAUGAGUUCAUGCCAGUGAUGUGACCUAUAACAAAAACCAGAAAAGACACAAUCAAAGAGAAUUAAAUGUGCCCUCUUUCCUAUGAAGCCAUAUUUCAGCUCUCAUAGUGAUUGUUUCAUUGCUUUUCUCUGAAACUCCUGUCAUAUUCAAAUACACUUUUUGUGGGCACAGGGAAGUAGGGAAUUCUAGGAAAUCAUGAUGAUGAAUGUAAUUCCUGUAAUUUCCAUUACACAGAAAAUGUGUUCUAGUGACUAUCACUGGCCUUGCGUUUUGGAGACAAGGAAUAGCAAAUGAUCUGGUAAACGGAACACUUGAACUCUUCUAUGUUGUUUAAUGCCUGGAGUCUUGUGAAAGAUGCUUCCCAAAUUAAGGUGUAGAAUUCGGAAAGGGAGUAGAUUAUUUUUAAACUGCUGUCUUUGCAAUGUAUCUUUUACUCAAGAUGCCAUUGAAUCCGUCUGAUGUACUUUAAGGACAUUUCCCCCUCAAAACUCUUUGACCAAGAGAAAGAACUUAUACACAAAUAGCGUUUCGACAGCUAGUUUUGAAUAUAGAAGUUGCUGCAUACAGAUAAGGAGCUAAUUUCUAAUUAUUGUGCACUAGUUGAAAAAACAUAUAUUCACACACAUAUAUAUUUUUACUGGGCUCUAAUAAAUAUUUGAUGUGACAGUCUUACAUAAUAAAUUGUACAUAUUCAAUGGUCUUAGAGAUGUUACAGAUUAUUACAUGGGAUACUAACUCUGGAAAACUACUCACACUAAAGUUAAUGAAAAUGAGGUACAGUGAAACAGACUUUUAGUGAACCUAUUCAAGGUAAUUCUAACUUAAUUUGUAAUGCCAUCUGAAUCUGUGCCAUUUUAGUGAAAUAUAUUGGGUUGUCGGGAAAAUCACGACACAUUUUUGCAUUGAAAAACAGAGAAAAAUACGUCAUGACUUUCCCUACAACCCAAUAUGAUUCCUUCAUAAAAAUCAACAGGUUUCAACAUAGUGUAGGCAGUCUCAGGUGACCAAGAGUGGUAAUACAGUUUUUCUAAAAUUCAAGUUAAUUAUCCUAAUGAUCCAAUAGCUACAUUUUCUUUUCAGAAAAGAUUGAAAAACCAUAUUGCAUCCAGGUGAUAUAAUGAAAGCAUCUAAGGGCAUCUAAGAUAACAUAUUAUAGUUUAAAUAUGGAUUGAGAAUUUUUUUUUUUAGCUCCACCA